AUGGCCGUACAAUAUAAGACGAAACCACCAAGUGAAGAGUGCAAAUGGAUAUGCAUAUAUCCGUUGUAUAUGAAUUCUCGAAAGACCAUUGCACAGGGGCGAAGAGUGAACAAGAAUAAGGCAGUGGACUCGCCAACAGCACAGGAAAUUUACGAUAUCUUGUCAAAUGCUGGCAUGAAAGUCAAACUUGAGAAACAAAAGAUGCAUCCUUUGGAUCCGAAUCGUGAUGCUAAUGCUCAAGGGAGAGUGCGAGUACAGUUAUGGAAUGAUGAUGGUUCUCUAUGUGACGAGAAAUUUCCAACGAGAAUGUCACUGAUGUUAUACGCAUGUGAAAUGGUGCCAAAAUUAAAAACACGGCAAGUUGGUGGGGGAACAAUAUCACAAGCUUCUUCAGGUAGCGGAGUUGGCGGCGGUAAGACCAAUAAAAAGAAGAAGCGAUAG